GGUUGCGGGGUGGGGUUAACAGGUAGGCGCGAUGCAUGAGUUUUUCCGUUUAUAAAGUGCAACAUUGCACUUGCUGGUUAUCACUACUGCUGUGUGCUCUCAAGACAAGAUGGAUUUCGAUUUGGCUUCAGCUGUAUGUAAAGAUGAUCAGGUGAAAAAGGAUGAUGCUGCUGGCCAGGAACAGAAUGCCCUAUUUGGGUGGGGGAAGAAGAAGGACAAAGAUGGGGAUAAGAGUGUGUCCAAGGACAAAUCAAAGGACCAUGACAAAUCGAAGGACUGUAACAAAUCAAAGGACCGUAAGGACCAUGACAAAUCAAAGGACCAUAAGGAGGACAAAGACAAGUCUAAGAAACAUGGUGACAAGAAGGACAAAGGUCACAAGAAGAAAGACAAGAAGCCCAAGGAGCAUAAGGACAAAGAUGAUGGGUCAUCAUCUUCCUCUUCCAGCAGCGACGAGGAUGAAGGCAAGAAGAAGCAUCACUGAUUCUGGUGCUGUGAGGUGCUACUGCCAGUGAACUCUUACAAUGUUUUGUACUGCAGUGUUGCCUGCAUGAUAUUUACUCUGUACUGUUUCCUUGUUGAUCCUGAUCAUGUUUUGAUGUGCCAGACUGUAAAGUAGUGGUUUUACAACGGCACAUUAAAUAACACAACAACUAGGAUAUAUGGUGGAUUGUCAGACUUCUUUCCUGCCUAGUAAACAGUCUAAUGUCCACCAGAAGGGGGAGGUGUUCUUCAUUGAAUGUUUAUUUAAUAUAUUGAAUUCAAUUGCUUUUAAUUUUUUUUUUUAUAACUUGUCCAGUUCAAAAGAUUGAAUUGCAUUCACUUUUAUUUUAACACAACUUAUGGGGAAAGCUCAAUGUUCUUAGUUUGAAAUAAAAAGCAUAAGGGUG